CCUACACCAGAUGGCGGUAAUUCCCAAUUUCACGGCACUCUCCUGUUCCAGGCCAUUUUCUCUCAAAAAUAUAACGGAGUUGGAGACGUUCUGGAAGUCCAAGUUUGAAUCAGCUGACGUUUAACUUUUUUCCUUUCUGACUCAAUCCCUCCGACGGAUGAUAUGAGGGAACAUUCGCCGUACGUAGGAGAACUUAAUUUGAUAUCGAAACUAACUUAAGUUACUAAUAAUUAGGAAAUGUAUGAUUGAAAUGUGUUCCAGAUCGUCAUCGUACGUUAACUGUCAAGAAGUUUUGGGGUUUUAACGAGUUUCCAGUUUGAAGCUUGGUCAUCUGCUGCUCAAUCUUUCAUCAUGGGUGACUGGAGUGCACUGGGGAAACUUCUUAACAAGGUCCAGACAUACUCCACGGCAGGAGGCAAAAUCUGGCUCUCCGUCCUCUUCAUCUUCCGGAUCCUGGUGUUGGGGACGGCAGUGGAGUCCGCCUGGGGAGAUGAGCAGUCGGCGUUCAAGUGCAACACGCUGCAGCCCGGCUGCGAGAACGUGUGCUACGACAAGUCGUUCCCCAUUUCCCACAUGCGCUUCUGGGUGCUGCAGAUCAUUUUUGUGUCCAUGCCGACUCUCCUGUACCUCAGCCACAUCAUUUUCCUCAUUCACAAGCAGGAGAAAUUAAAUAAAAAGGAGGAGAAACUAAGAGACAUCCAGAGCAAAGGCGGUGAUGUGGAUGUGCUCCUGCAGAAAAUCGAAACUAAGAAGUUCAAGUACGGCCUGGAAGAUCACGGAAAGAUCAAAAUGAGAGGAGGGAUAUAUUACACGUAUAUAAUGAGCAUCGUGUUAAAGACUGUAUUUGAAGUUGUUUUCCUGUUGAUACAGUGGUACCUUUACGGAUUCAAGCUGUCAGCAGUCUACACGUGUCAAAGGUUCCCUUGUCCGCAUAAAGUGGACUGCUUUCUCUCUCGUCCCACUGAGAAGACGGUUUUUAUUAUCUUCAUGCUGGUCGUUUCGCUGGUGUCUCUGGCCCUCAACGUCUUUGAGUUUUUUAAUGUGAUUCUCAAGAGGAUGAAGGACCAAAUCAGAGAGUCUGCGAAAAACUUUGACAGCACUUGUAAUAUCAAGCCCUGCCCAAGGAACCUGUCCAGUUACGACUAUUACAACGACUGCUCGGCCCCGGCCCCUAAUCUGGGGUACAACCUAGAUAGGGGCGACAAGUCCAACUCCUCUGACAAUUACGACAAGCAGGCUAAUGAGCAGAACUGGACUAAUUACAGUACAGAACAGAAUCAGCUGGGUCGUACCCAGCGCUUUCCAUAUCCUGAGAAAGUAACUCUGGGGAAGGAUCUUCUGCUGCUCAAAGAGCUUGAACCUCGACCCAGUAGUCGAGCGAGCAGUCGGGCCAGGCCGGAUGAUCUUGACAUCUAGCAGAAGCCCUUAGACACAGGCCCAUAGACAAUUUCUUUCACAUGUGGUGAACAUUUAAAUAAACUGUGAAAAGGACACUGUAACUGACACCCAAAGAAUGAUGGUUCAGCAUAUAUAUUUAUUUUAGUAGUUUUUGAUGUUGUAACUCAUGCCAAACAGUUUUUUUUUUUUAAAGUGAACUGUAUUUAUGAGCCAUGAUUGCGAAAAUCAGAUACAGGUUUACCCUAAAAUAAACAUUUAAUACAGUAAGUAUAUGGCUAGGUAGAUGAUGUAUAUGUCAUACACUCAUUCAGCUUAAAGUUCUGUAACUGGUCAGCAUUUCUCCCUCAUUUUAAACACCAUUUUGCCUUUACCUCAAUAGACAAAUGGAUUUUUUUGAAACUUUAAAUAGAUAUAUAUAAUUUGCAAUGAUAAAAUGGCUAUAGAUGUUGUUCAGCAUAUCGUAUCACCCAGGGUUAUUCUUGACUAGAACUAAAACCAAAAGUACUCAUACUGUAUGUGAUUUAGAUACAGCAAACACUUUUAUAUUUAUCAGAAAAUAAGAGUUAUAUCAAGUCUGUUUUGGAGAACAAGAAAAUCUAUCAAGUUUAACCCUACUGGAAUAAAUUAAGACCAUUCAUUCUACUCCAGCAGGAUCUUAACUUUUUUUCCAUUAUUCUUUUUUUCCGACAGCGUUUUUCCAUUACGGGAGGUUAGCCAGCACGUAUAAAUGGAGCACUGUUUUCUGGAAUCUUUACAGUAACUGUACAUAGUCUUCUGCUGUGGGCCAGUAAAUAUCAACAGGAAGCCACCUGACUGCCUAUCAGUGUUUUCUGUAAAGUGUUGACAUAAAUGUCGGUUAACAUAUUCACAUAAUUCCCCAGUGCAAACGGACUCCCUCUGAUUGACAAAUGAAAGCCAUAAAAGAGUCUGAAAUUAAAAUGAGUUAAUUAGAUUCACUUUUUCUUCUGUUCCCAGAGUUUCCUAUUUAUUUGAAGGGCUAAAUGAAAACACAUGCUUUUACUCAAGUCUGCCAGCCACAUGUGGCUGAAGAGAAAAACUGUGAACUGUGUAUUUGCACUUUACUCUUAAAAAAAAGUUUAGGAAUUAUUUGCUAUUUACUAUCGUAUGUAAAAAAAAAAAAUAUUGCACAUUUUCAAACGCAUUAAAAAAUGUACAAGGUAAAAUUGUUGGCAUUUCUUACAUUUUUUAUUUGGGUGAUCAAAUAUGACCUUAUUGAAAUCUGGCCCUUGUAAACCUGAAUGUUCUUCAGUCAUGAAAUGAGACUUUGAAGAAGGUUUAAUAACCCAGUAAAACACUUAUUUUUCAAAUAAAACUCUGCCUCGAGCUUUAUAGCCUGGAUGAACCACCAGAGACCAACAUGAUUACACUAU